AUGGCUGUGAUCGACGCUGUGCCAUCUCUCGAAGAGCUGUCGCUGGUUGAUGUGUGCGGACAACAGUGCAUGCCCGGGAUCGAGACCAACCUGGCCGAACUUCUCUUGACAGCUGCAGAAGCAACUCCGGACCGCGUCUGCCUGGAAGUCGAGGGCGAAAGCUACACCUUCGCGCAGGUCGCUCGCAUGGCGAACUCGAUCCGCAAAGUCCUGCGAAAGGCCUUGGCUUCUUUGGACCUCCCGAGCGCGUCGCCAGGCGAGGAGCCGGAAGCCCACCAGCGCAGAUCGGACGAGCACGUGGUGACCAUCGUGCUUGACCGAGGCGUGAAGAGCAUCGCAGCCGUCCACGCCGUGAUGCUGGAGGGGUGUGCGUACAACGCCUUCGACGUUGGAGAGCCCGUGGAGAAGCUUCGAAGUUGGGUGGAAGUCUCUCGCCCGCCAGUGAUGAUUUCCUCCGCCGCCGUCUUGAAGCGACUCGCUCUCACGGACGUUGCUGCGACUUUGGGCGACUUCCCCCGCGUUGUCAUCGAUGCUGACUUGGCCUUGAAGAAGGCGGACAGCCGGGGCAUGCUCCCAGCUGCCAAGCAUGACCCAGAUGAUCUGGAUAGGUUGGCUUACCUGAUCUUCACAAGUGGGUCGACGGGAAAGCCCAAGGCUGUAAUGAUCCGCCACAAGUCGGCCUUGAACGUGGUGCGCAUCUGGGGGAGGUAUGUGGGUCUUGGCCCUCAUGAUCGGUUUGCUCAGGUUGCUUCCAUGUCCUGGGACGUGCACAUCAUCGAAGUCUACGGCACCAUGUCGGUGGGAGCCACGAGUGUCACUUGCCCGGAUAUGAUCAAGAAGUCGGGCCCGGACAUGCAAGUCUGGCUGAAGGACCGGAUGAUCACCGGCAUGAGCGUGGUGCCCUCGCACUUGCGCACCAUGGCUGGGGGCGGAGCCGACGUCUCAAGAAGCUCCGCAGGGCUUCCGCACCUGAGAAUCCUGGACGUCGGAGGAGAGGCGCUGGGAGCGGACGUCGUGUCCACUUGGGCCCCAGGCCGUCGCCUCUUCAACAGCUACGGGCCCUCGGAGAUCUCGGUGGUUUGCACGGGCGCCUACGUGAAGCCCGACGAGAUCAUCACCAUCGGCGCCGAGCUGCCCACCUACACGUGCCACAUCCUGGACCCCGAGACGCUGGAACGGAAAGCGGAUGGAGAGCGCGGCGUGCUCUUCGUGGGGGGCAUCGGUCUGGCCCGCGGCUAUCUCGAAGAGGAGGAGAAGACCAAGGCCAAGUUCCUGGAGUUGCCGGGCAUCGGCCGUGUCUACAACACCGGAGACCUGGCGCUCCGCGAUGAGUCUGGGCGGAUCCACUACCACGGCCGAGUGGACUGGCAGGUGAAGGUGCGCGGCAUUCGGAUCGAGCUGGAAGCCUUGGAGCAGGCCAUCGUGGAGUUGCCGGCGGUGAAGCACUGCGAGGCUCGUGUUCUGGACGGCCAGAGUUUGGUGCUGCUGGCUUCAGGAACUUCAGGGGAUGUUUCGGAGGCGGAGCUGAAAGCGACGGCUGCGUCGCUGGGCCGGGGCUACGUUCUGAGCCAGGUGAAGAUCGUAGAGAACGAUGCCUGGAAGUUCAACGCCUCCGGAAAGCUCUUGCGGAAUGUGGUUCCUCUGGAUGAGGAGAUGAAUGCGGAGGUGAAGAAAGAUGGCUGGGAGGCCUUCGAUAAGACCGGGGUGUCAGAUCUCGAGCUCGAAAUCGCAGCCUGCUUGGCUCCGCAGCUGAACGUCCCGGAGUGGAGCCGGGACUCGCAUUUCAUGGAGGAUCUCGGCGUCGACUCCGGAGGUUUCGGACGACUGAUCUCUCAGAUGAGGUCCAAGCCGAGGCUGCAGAAGAUCGACCUUCAGAUGCUCUUUGACCGCCCCACGGUUCGAUCGUUGGCCGCCGCUCUUGCUGAGCAGUCAGCAGAAUCAGACUCUGAGGACGAAGUGAGCCUGGAACCGGACCUGCUGGAUUCCUUCCUUGAGGCUGUGAAGGAGCACCCCCACGCCGUCUGCCUCGAGGGGAGCCAUGAGUCAUUGAGCUACUUGCAGCUGCGUCGUCAGAUGAUGGCCUAUCAGCGGCUCUUGCAUGAAGCCAAGCCUUUCAGGGGAAGCGUCGUGGCAAUAUACCUGGAGUCCAUGACUAGGCUGGGUGCCAUGUUGGGGGUUCUCCGUGAAGGGUGCGUCUUCAGCCUUCUCGGACCGGAUUGUGCGGAGCAGAUCGAAGUGCUGAAGCCGGAUUUCGUCUUGGCCAGCUCCGAUGACAGCAGCUGGGGUCAGCUGGCCAAGCUUUGCGACGCUUCCUCCCAGAUGAGCCUUCUCGAUGCGAGCGCAGUGGGUUCCCUGCUGUCGCAGCCGCCCAAGGCCAGAAGGGCCAUGCAAGGUGACGACGUUUGCUGCGUUGCCCUGGAAGUGAGGGGAGGCGUGCAGUGCGCAGUCCCUGCAUCGCACCGCGCCGUGCUGCAAGCGCUCGCCGCUUGGCGCCCAGUCGUGGAAGGCGGGCGCGUCUCCAGCCUCACCAUAGCGGGCACGGCAGGCGACAUCCUCAGCACUUGGAGCAUCUUGGCCCGAGGAGCCACGCUGCUGGCCUAUGAUGCUGAACAGCUGCGGCAGAUGCGGGCUGAGCUUCUGAUCUGCGAGCAUGACAAAGUUCCGCGUUGUGGUGCGAGCCAUGCGAGCCAGCGCAAGAUCCUGCAGCUGCCAGUGGAGGGUGGGUUCACGGCAGUUCCGUCGUUUCCCAAGUAUGCUCCUGCAGGAACUGCAGAAAGCCUCCGUUCACAAGCUCUUCGAUCGUCUUCCUUGCUUUCUUUGGCUUCAUCUUUAGCUCCCUACAUCCUUGGACAGAGCCAGGCAGAGGGAACGGAGAGCUUCGGCAAUCGCAGCUGGCCCGUGCUGUGCGCUGCGGUGCAAGGCCUGGCCAUUUUGGGGCAGCCGGUCUUUGUGGCGUCCCGCCUGCUUCUUGCGGAAAGAGUUCUGCUGCCUUUGUCGUUCAUGCUGCCCGUCUGGCAAACUUUCCUCUUGCUGAUAGCUGUGCUGACGUUGGAGCAGUUCGUUCGGGUGUUCAUCUUGGUGGCUGUGAAGUGGUCUCUGAUCGGUCGCUACAAGGCAGGUGAUCAUGACAUCUACAGCUUGUUCUAUCUGCGUCAUUGGCUGGUAGAGCACAUGGCAAAGGGCACCAUCGUCGGACAGAAUGCGCAUCAGGGAAGCAACAUCGCCUUCUUGUUUCUGCGCAACCUGGCUUUGAGGGCCCUCGGCGCAGAUGUCCGAUUGACCUCAGUGGUCACUGCUCGCGUGGUGGCGUAUGACCUCGUUUCAGUCGGUGACUUGGCGACCGUCCAUGGCCCUCGACACCUGACCGCAGUGAACUACGGCAGCAGGCGCAUGGUCCUGAAACCCGUUAAGGUUGGUGCAGGCGCCUAUGUGGGCCCCAACUGCACUUUGGAGCCGGGAUGUGAGAUUGCAGCUGCGGGCUAUGUGGAGCCUUUGUCAGCAGUCCCUUCUGGCAUGCUUGUGGAUGGCCGCGUGUGUGGCGUUCCUGCUCAAUUUGUCGGGCCGAAGGAUCUCAGCAGGUUGCCAGACCCUGCAGAAGUCCGAAGCUUUCGAAUUCGCGCGGCCUUCUUUGCCACAGCCUACUGGAUGUUGCUCCUUCCCAAAGCGCUGAUGCCGCUCAUUGGCGUUUUGGUGUUCCAGCUGCUCAGUUCGUAUCCGUGGGAUCCUCAGGAAGUUGUCAGGGAAGAGUCCAUGUAUCCGGAGCACGUGGACGUGCUGCCCACAGAGAUGAUGGAUCGGCUAAAAUGGAUUCCGCUCAUCGCGUUCGGGGCUUCCAUGCUGAACACAGUGCUCCAGCUCGGCGGAACGGUCGUCCUCUGCCGGGUUCUGCCCAAAGUGAAGCCGCCCUUCACCUCUUCCUUGCUCAGCAUCCGGGCGCAGAUCGCCGCCUUGAAGAUGUCCAUGGUGCUGCAGGCGUCAGAGAUGCUAGCAGAUGCUUCCAUUGUCCCUGCCUUCAUCCGGAUGUGCGGUGCCACCUUUGGACACGGAUGCGCUAUGGGCUUGCAGGUGACCCUUCCGGAGACGCUGGUGGUGGGCAAAGGCUGCUUCUUCGCCACCGGCAACAUCUUGACCAGCGUGGAUGUCGACCAGGGGAAGUUCAACGUGCCUUGCAUCACCUACAUGAGCGAUCACACCUUCUUGGGAAACCACAACCACUUGCCCGAGGGCCUGCCGGAGGGCAGCUUCUGUGGAGUGGGCACCUGGCUGCCAAAGAGGCCGACCGAACCCAACAUGAGCUACUUCGGCAACCCUGCCAUGAAGUUCCGCCGGCUAAGCAAUGCUGCAGGCAAAGUGAACCAGGGCCCCGAAGCGGCGAGCUGCCUGGCACGUUUCUGGCACCAUUUCAGCACCAGCAUCUUGGACGUCUUCUUGUACCGCGGCGUGCAGGGCGCUGUCACGGCUUCCGCCAUGCUGACGAGCCGCCUCCUGUGCCCCAUGAUCACCGCAGCUUGGGAAGUUCUUGUCCUGCUCCUCGUGUACGUGGCCUUCGCAUUGGUCUCCUGGUACCUUUUCUCCGUGGUGCUGGGCAACCUGCUCUUCAACGGAUCCACCCCCCACAGCAACGCCUACUACUCCACCACGGUGACGCGUUGGUUCACGGCACUCACCGCCCAACAGCGGGUCUUCAAGCUGCCAUUCCAGACAGCCGGCACCCGCUGGCAAGCUCCUGUUCUGCGAUUGCUUGGAGCGCGCGUGGGCAAGCGGUUCUUCUGCAUGAACGAGAUGGUGCUGGUGGACGCUCCCUUCACGGACAUCGGGGAUGACGUCACGGUGGACUAUGAUGGACAGGUGAGAUGCCAUUCCUUCGAGGACUUCCGCCUGAAGUUCACCCAUUACGCGGUGGGGCAUCGGGUGACCAUCAUGUCAGGUGCAAGUGUGGCAAUGUGCCAUGCCGGAGAUGGCGCGGUGUUGCGUCCAGGGAGUCUCAGCUGGAAGGGCAGCAACCUGGAGCCUGGUGUUGUCUACGAGGGUGCGCCUGCAUCCGCCCUGGAUGACCUCGAGAGGGGGCCUCCCGCUCAUCCCGCUCCCACGCUCUUGCAGGGCAAAGCGAAGUUGCCGAUGGCGAAGUGCAGUUAA